ACGAGAACUUCGUCCAAGAAACAUUUACAGCCGAAAAACUUUAUAUUUGCCCUGUCGAUUGUGUGUUCUGAAAGGCUGGUACAUGCUUUUCCCUGUGAACUACCAUUUGGCUGACUGCUGGCCACAUGCUUGAUCUUUGUGGAAAGUUUGGACGCUUUCAAAGUUCGUGGUCUGCAGUGUUGAUGUCUGUCACGAACAACAUGGCGCAGAACGUAGCUUGUUGUGAUUAGGUUUGUUUUAGAAAUGGACGUUCUUCCGUCAGGUAUAGUAUUAUCAGAUGAAAUUUACUGAACGGGGCGACUUUCUGACAUGGAGUCAAAACACAAGGAGCUUCUGCAAAUUCACAGAGCAAAAUUUAGUCUUGCUGUUGAUGUUGACAGACUUUGUCCACUUUUAGAAGGAGCAGGUAUUUUAACCCCCAAUGAUGUUGCAGAAAUUAGGAAUCAGUCAACGAAAGCUGGUCAAGUUGAAACAUUGCUGGACAUCCUUCCUAGCAAAGGGAAUAUGGCUUUUCAAGGACUCUGCUCAGCGUUGGAGACAACUUACCCUCGUUUAUUGACUGUCAUGUUUCUAGGAAGCAACCAGAAAGUUUCAGGAUCCCAGUCCACCUCCCUGACCUGGGACUCCGAGGAUGAGGCUCUCCACCACUCCCCACAACCAGGGGAGCACCAGGUGGCAGCCACGAGCCCAAAAACCUACACCAGAAUUAUACCUUCAUAUGUGUAUGAUCUCCAAUCCCGUGAAAUUCCAUCCUCAAAUGAACACCUUGUGAAGAGUGACCCAAAGCUGGCCAGUCGCAGCAUUGAUAUACCAAAAACCAGACCCAAUCAAAAAGCGAACUUGAAUGAAGAAAGACAGAGAGAUUACGAUUGGUUGAAAUCACAGUGUGAAAAGGCCAUGAACGAACUUCAGUCGCUAAAACGCCAGCAUGGCGACACCGUGAAGCGGUGCGACCAGGCAAUGAAAGAGGCGGAAUUCUAUCGUAGAAAUUACAAAUCUGGUGUGGGUAAACUGGACCAAGCUACCGAGGAGAUAGAUGCUGUGAAGGUUCGCUGUAAUGAGGUGAUUCUAGAGAAAAACAAACUGAGCCAAGAGCUGUCAGAGUUACGUAGGCGAAGCGAGGAGGAUAAAAGUCAAAUCACAGAACUUCUGAAACAGCAAAGGGACUUCAUAAGUGAAGGUGCUUCUAACGAGGUGCUAAAACUGUACGAUUCCGCUCAGGAUAAAUAUGAAGCUUUACGGAAGGAUUAUGACAAUUUACAAAAACGUUUUGCUGAUCAGCUGAAUGAGUACAGCACAGCAGCAAAUAAGUUAGAGCUGUCGUUGGAGGAAAAUGUGAGACUCAAAAAGCAAUAUGAGGAUGCUAUUAGUGAGAGAAACUGUGCCUUAAUGGAGCGCAAUGGACUCAAACAGCAGUGCACGGCGGCCAUUAGAAACUGGGAUAUAGCUAUUCAAGAGAGGAACAAAAUCAAAGAUGAAUUUGAGAAUGCCAAGAUCCAAGGAGAUAAUUUAGCUAAAGAAAUUCAUCAGAUUAUGCAUGGUCAGUUGAAGGCUAAGCAGGACUUUGAGAGAGUGUGCGAUGAGAGAAAUGCAGCUUUGAAUGAGUACAAGCUUGUGAUGUCCGAGCGGGAUUCUGUACAUAAGGAGAUUGAACAGCUUCAGGACCGUCUACAGGAGGCGGUGAAAGACGUAGAGGCUCUGCGUGCUGACAAAAAGACUCUGCAGGAUGAGAAAGAGUCCCUGAAAAGGGAGAUAAAUUGUGCUCUUCAAGACCGUGAUAAAGCCUUGAAGGAGGUGAAUGACUUAAGGGAAAAGUAUGGUGAUGUAUGUUCAGAGAAGAAUGAGGUUCAGAAAGAACGGGACGAGUUCCGUAAGGAUUAUUAUAUGGUGGCUCAGGAGAGAGAUGUGGCUCGGCAUGAGCGGCAGGAAGCCUUGGUUCACCGUGAUCAGAUCCUUAGGGAAACGUACGAGAAGACGGCGCGGGAAAAGGCUGAGGAAAUGGAACAGGUGGCAAAGGAAACAGAAGCCUUGAAGAAACACAUAGAAAAACUGCAACAAGAUUUCAUGGACUCUGUUCAGGAAGCUGACAUUGCCAAGAAGAGACGAGACUGGGCUUUUGGGGAGCGUGACAAGAUAGUCCAGGAAAGAGAAAGUAUUAGAACCCUGUGUGAUAGAUUACGACGAGAGCGGGACAGAGCUGUGAGUGACCUUGCUCAAGCUCUCAGAGAUUCCGAUGAUCUCAAGAAACAGAAGAAUGAAAUGUACAAAGAACUCAAAGAGUUAAGGGAAAGGUAUGAGUCAGUUGUGGAAACAGAUGUGAGGAAAUCGCAGCUGAAUUCUGUGAGUCACAAUCACAGUCGGGAUUCAGCCAUUGAUGCAGAUCUGCACGAGUGGGAGACAGAGACCUUGGAAUUAGACCUGGGAGGCAUUAACAGCCAAGAGCUAGGGUUUGAUCUGGUGGGCGGUAAAGAUGACCCUCAGUUCCCUAAUGAUAGCUCCCUGUUCGUCAGCCAUGUCACUAAGGGAAGUGCUGUGGACGGCAAACUCAAGCUAAAUGACUUGCUGGUUAAAGUCAAUAACAUAGAUGUGACCAAUGUGGAUAAACAGGUGGCUUUUCAGGCUGUUGUUAAUAACUCUGGUGUUGUAAAUAUGGUUGUAAGAAGGAAGAAAACCUCUAACCGAAGUUACCAACCUGUCCAACUCAGUAUUAACCUAGGGAAAGAUCCUGGUAUUCAGCUGGAGUCUGGACUGUUUGUCAGUCGGAUCUCACCUAACUCCAGUAUUGCCAAAGAGAGAGCUCUGAAUCUGGGUGACAGAAUCUUAGCUGUCAAUGGUCAGUCUGUGGAGAAAAUGCCUAUUCCAACUGUGAUUAAAAUUAUGGGUGAAACUAGUGAAAGUGUAGUUCUGGACAUUUGGAAGCCCAAUUCUCCUAAUAGUUCAGCUGGUCCGUCCCCAACCCCAGCCAAUCAGUCCCACCCCCGGGAGCAGCCUGUGACCCCGCCCAUGAGAAAGGCUCUCCUGCAGAAUAACCACUGGGAGAGCACAGGUAACUGCGCCUCCGUUGAGAGCAAAAGCACUAGUAAUCUCAAGGCCUUAAAGUGCAGUGGCUCUCAGACAGACAGCUUGGACAGUCCGUCCUCACGUAAGAAACAUUCUGACCAGAAAGAUGAUAGUAAGACUCGUCAUGGCUCGCACCACGACUGGCUUAUGUUCAUUAAGAAGUUCCUGCCCAAAAACAAUGAGGAGCGCGAGCGUGAGCGCAUGAACAAGAGUAACACUGGCAUGUCAAGUGCUGAAGAGGAUGUGAUAGCGGAGUUUGAGAAUGUUUUGGAGAACUGUGAUCUAGUCAAGCCUAAGCCAGGCAUUCCAGUGGACAGCAAAAGGGAUAUAAAUAAUGGGGGCACCUGGCCCAAAACUCAUCAUCCCAAGUUUGACUUUCAGGGCCCUGGAACUGUUAUUGAAUGUCAGCACAGCCGAAGAGGGCGUGCCCGGCUACCCCCAGAGUUCAUGGGCCAGCGCUCUCACAAUAAGAUUCCACCUGAUCCUCCAGAGAGGACCAGUUCGUCUGUGGAUGCCACAUUUAGGCACAGUCCUCAGAACUCUGACAUAACCGCCAAGAAUAGUGCUCCUUCCCUGGCCUCCCCACAUGGGCGCCAGCUACCAAUGAUUUCUAGUCCAAUAAAGUUACCUGUAUCCUCGUCAAGCUCUCAUUUCCCUGGUUCACGGGGCUCCCACUAUCCAGCCCAUUCUACUCCUGUCUGUCCAGAGGAACAGAACCACCCCAAGGAUUUAUUUCCCCUGCAUUUAGACAAAAUGAGAAUGAUCCGCCCCACCUCAGGCCCAGGCAGAGGUGACAGACGCCACAACAUGCCUCUCCCCAGCCAGUAUUUGGGUGGGAGGCCGACCCCACUGGACAUUAACAUAUUUUACCCUCCCCAGGCUCCACCUUACUCUCCCAUCAGACCAGCCAUCUCACCCACAGACUUCUUACCGCGUGGGCCUGAUAGACCCAUACCUCUGGGGCCACCUUAUCAUGCCAAAGCCACAUCACCAAUUAACUUUCCGAACAGUGUAUCUCCAUUGACAAAAAGCCCUGCAAACAUAUUCCCAAAAUACCCAGCCAAUAGCUAUCCUGUUGACGGCAGUCAUCUGCCAGUGGGUAACCCUGUGGUAACAAGCCCUGUGAAUGGCCAGCCAAUGGGCAAUCAUUCAUGCUCCUCUCCCCCAGGAGUCAUUCCUAACCCUCAUUUCUUCAGAGAUCUCUCAAAUCCACGUAUGAUUGACAAGCGAAUUACUACAUCACCAUCUCCCUCACAACACAGUAGCAUUGGCCUGGAUCGCUCCACUCCGACCCCGAGUGAGGAUUUUCCCUAUGCAAGCAUCUACCACCGCCCUUCUCCCAAUGGCCGCCCGCUGUCUGGGACAUAUGACGGCUGGUCGACCAUACCCCGCCGAGAGAAGGAAAGAAUCAGGAUUCCAUCAAAUGCUAGCAUGGUAGCCAAGUCAUCUACAGGCUCCAUGGAGUUGGUUCCAGAGCGAGGUAGCCCAGUGUUGCAGUUCUUUUCACUAGAUGGUACAGAGAGGGUGUCCUCAACAUCCAUCCACAACACACGGCCUCAUGUCAAACCAAGGAAGCCUCUGCCAGGUGAACAGCGAGUCGUGAACAUUGAGAAGACAGCCGAUGUGGUCGGGUUUCAGAUCAAGCUCGGACCUACAGGAGGAAUUUUUGUGUCUUCCGUCAAUGAGAACAGCCUGGCUUCACAGGCUGGCCUGGAGGUUGGCGAUCAGCUCAUUGAGGUUUGUGGCAUCAACAUGAGGAAGGCAACUAAGGACUUGGCUGCUAGCGUGCUACGGCAGUGUCGGGAUACAUUUUCCAUGGUGCUACAGUUUAAUCCAGAUAAAUAUAAUGGUGAUUCCUCUGAGUCCAGCACCCCGUCCUCUCCAGUCAUGUCUCACCCAAACUCACCUGAUUCCUCGCGCAGCCAGCCCAAACAUCUAGUCAGUAAUGAAACACUAACAGGCCUCCCUAUCAGCCCUUCAAACACACAGAGGAUGAAUGGGGUCUGUGGCACAGAGGGGGCUUUAGAGCCAAGGUUUGUGUUUCUGGAGCGCAGCACCCCAAGCAUGGACCUGGGCAUGGAAGUCAUUGGUGGGAACGCGGCUGGGAUAUUUGUGCAUGAGGUUGAACAAGGCAGUGCUGCUAGUGGCUCAAAGGGGCUCCAAAGGGGCGACCACAUUUUAGAGUUCAAUGGAGUUGAUUUGCGUUCAGCCACAUUAGAGCAAGCCUGUAGUGAACUGUCAAAGGGGAACUCUAAAGUGACCAUUCUGGCCCAGUAUAACAUUGCCAAAUACAACAAGAUCUGCCCAGGCAUGGGAGACUUCUUCUAUAUCCGAACCCAUUUUGAUCGCACAGCAGAGAACGAAGGAGAGCUAAGUUUUAAGAAGGAUGACAUUCUGUUAAUAGAAACCACACGCUUUAAAAAAGUAGGAGUGUGGUUCGGCUGGUUAGUUGAUGAUGAAGGGAAGAAAAUCAAAGGUGGUGCUUUACCCAGUAAAUUUAGGUUAGAAGAUGAGAUGGUGCUAAGAAGAAGUCUCUCUGAAAGCCUCAGCUUGUAUGAGGAUGAUUUCCGCCCCAGUUCACGUCGUGGAUCAAACUCUGUUAGGAGAAGUAUUUUUCGCAAGAGGAGACAUCAAAGGAACAACUCCAAAGACAGUCGGGAGUUUGGUUCCUUCUCCGACGCUUCUCUCAACAGUGACUCUGUCCCAGUGCUAGAUGAUGGCUCUUUGUAUACAUACACAAAAGUGGAAAGACUGGAAUACACUCUGAUUCGGCCUGUGAUUGUGCUAGCCCCUUUGGCUGAGCCCAUCAUUUUGAAGUUGACCUCUGAGUCCCCAGACAAGUACUGCUCCUGUCCUACAACUGAGAUGUCUGCUCAGGCCGUGGAGACAGCAGUGACUACUGGUCAGUUUGUUGAUUACUGGAAGAGAGAUGACCACUAUGAAUGUAUAACAGUCUCGGCUGUCCAGGCUGUAUGUGAUAAGAAAUGUCAUUGCUUGCUCAAUGUAACCCCAGCUGCAGUGGAGCGACUUCGCCAACAGAAGAUCUAUCCCAUCGUGCUUUUCUGUCGUCACAAGUCUGCCAAACAAAUCAGAGAUAUCCGUGAUGUCCAGUUCUUAUCGGAGAGAGUCAGCAAUAGGUCAGCCAAAGACUUGUUUGACCAGUACCAGAAAUUAGAACAGGAGUACAGACAUCUGUUCACAGCAAUUAUCCAAGGUGGAAACCUUGCAGAGAUGUGUACUCAGAUCAAGAGGGUGAUCUCAGCAGAACAACAAAAAACCAUCUGGGUUACGGCUGGAGCUUUGUGAGAGGAGUCUGGGUCUGCAGUUUCCCUGGGGAAAGCGCUUAGACAGGAUUGGGGACAUUUCUCAAACACCUUGACUAUGUUGGUGUAAUUACCCAGUUAACCAGAUGCUCAGAGCCAUACAAAAAGUGAUUGGUGUCUGCUUUACAAAAUGUUGCACAACCAGCUAACUAUUGAGCUGUGUUGUAUCUAGUAAGUCAUUAGUGCAUGUAACAUCUCCAGGUGUAAGCCAGACUCAAAUGGAGUGUUCUUAACAUGUUGGCUGUUUAAACGAGUCUGUUACAUAAGUACAGAAUUUGUCCUGUUAUAGGUUUGGGGGAAAAAUGUCCCACUGCCAGUGACUGAUACCAAGCUAGGUGUAGAGAGCCAACAGGUGAAAGACUGUGACUACAUGUGAUGUGCCUUAACACUCUGAACACAGAACAGGGAGGGGAAUUCCCAGGGUCAACUGCCGUGAUCAUGAUUGCUUAUGUUUUGUCUGGCCUUGUUGAAAUGUUCCUGUUAUGGCUAAGAAUGUGUCUGCAGACUCUAACUUGUUAAACAAGUUUCCUGCUCUCCAUCCAUGUACAUACCCAAAUGGUAUACAUGUAUUUAUUGUUGUGUGUUUAAUUUAUCUGGCUUUGUCCUAUUAAGUUUGUUAGCUGUUGUAAAUUAUUAGGCUCAGUCUGCUAAUCAGCUGCCCCCAUGAGCCUCACUGUCUGACUGGAGGACCAAAAUGGCCUUGUAAGCCUGUACAGCACUGCCUCACAAAGAUAACCUACUACAAACAGUAUCAUUUCAUUUCUGUCCAAACCACGUGAAUUAAUAUACACGCUAAUAUUUUAUAGCCAUUACCAAACUUUUGACACUAGACUCUUCAGAGAAAUGAGCUCUGUUGGUCUGUCCUUCUCAUCUGUAAUAAGCUAAGGUUGUCAAAGAUCUCUUAUGGUUCAAUGCAGAUGUUAAUGACAUCUGAGAAUCAUAUCAAGUUUUAAGGUUACUGAGAGUAAUCUCCCUUGAGAGAUCUCCAGUGUUUUGACCUCAGAUGGUUUUUAUGGUUUGACAUGUCCUUAAUCAUCAUUCAUCUACAUUCACAUUUCUUGAUAACCUGAUCAUUUUCCAGCUUGACACGCUGUAAUUAAAUCCUAUAUCACAUGGAUCACACGAAAAUGAUACGUCUUUGCAAGUAACCUCAAAAUAACAUGAAAUUCUACAUAUGUUGACUGAAAAUUAUCCUAAAACAUUUGUCAGCCUGUUGUGUGGCAUUUCUGAAUGGGGUAUUACCAGCUGCUGUGUAUGCUGUGUGAUUCAUGAUUAUGAGGAUACAGUUGUCCCAUGUUUCUCAUACUUAUACUCCUACACUUUUACAAGCACAUCACCAUUUUAUUUUUAUUUUUCUUAAUUUGAUGUUCAGUUUACAGAAAUUGCUAGAUAUGGAACACAAAUGUUUUCUGAAAGAUUUGUGUGGCUGAUGUACUGUGUAUAGGGCUGAUUGAGUAUUGUUAACCAUCCAUGAUGAGCCAUUGGACUUUUUAGCGGUAACCCUAAUAAGCAUGUAUAAGUGCUAGCAUGGGCCAAAAUUGUAUUUCUAGCUUGCAAAAUUCAUGGAAAAUUUUUCAUCCAGUUUCCAAAGGCUA